AUGGGUAAAUCAUCUAAAGACAAACGAGACGCAUAUUACCGGCUCGCCAAAGAACAAAAUUGGCGGGCUCGGUCUGCUUUCAAACUAAUUCAGAUCGAUGAACAAUUCGAUCUCUUCUCCUACAGUGACCCAUCAAAAUGUACCAGAGUUGUUGACCUAUGUGCUGCACCUGGUAGCUGGAGUCAAGUCCUCUCUCGAGUGCUGAUCAAAGGUGAGAGCUUCGGUCGACGAGCAUGGGUGGAAAGGAUGGCGAAAUUGAAGACACAGACUCCCCGUUCAGGUGAUUCUAGCCCCUCAGAGGCCGACUUAAAUGAUGGAGUUCGGUCGCUUGAUUUGGAUGACACCAAAUCCACACUCAAACCCAGGGAAAAUGUCAAGAUUGUAGCCAUCGACCUCCAACCAAUGGCACCACUAGAAGGUAUCGUCCAGCUCAAAGCCGACAUCACGCAUCCUACCACCGUCCCACUACUCUUGAAAGCUAUUGAUCCAGAUUUUGAUCAGCACAAUGAAACUCACAGAAUUGACUUGGUCAUCAGUGAUGGGGCGCCGGACGUGACAGGAUUGCACGAUCUAGACAUUUACGUUCAAUCACAGCUUCUGUACUCAGCACUGGUGCUCGCAAUGAAGGUGCUACGGCCAGGUGGGAAAUUUGUUGCCAAGAUCUUUCGCGGUCGAGAUGUCGAUCUCAUUUUCGCGCAACUCAGACUCGUGUUCGAGAGAGUUCACGUAGCGAAGCCGCGCUCAAGCCGAGCGAGUAGCAUCGAAGCGUUUGUCGUGUGUGAAGGCUACAAACCCAUCAAAGACUGGACACCAGAGAUUGGCUCUGCAUUACAGAUUCCUGUUACAACGGAAAGAACAACCAAGGGCGGACAGCAAUCCUAUGACUCCGACAAACAGUCACGGCAUUUACGCGAAGAUGGUGUUGUGGAAAUCCACUUCGAGGAUGAAGAGACCGAUCCCAAACGAUGGAUCGCCCCAUUCCUGGCAUGUGGGGAUCUUUCCGCAUGGGAUGCGGAUGCGACGUACAAGCUACCCGAAGGUCACACCAGCCUGCCACCGGUUCAACCGCCAACCGCACCUCCUUACAAAGAAGCAAUCGAGAGAAGGCGGGCUGAAGGAGGUGCAUAUGGCAAGACAAAAGAUCCCUUAAGAGUUGUGAUAAAGCCUUGA